AUGCCAGGGCUUGAUCCCCAAGUAGCUAUGCAUCGAUCAAACAUCAAACUAGGUGUCAAGCCUGUUAAACAACAACAAAGGGCUACAGAUCAUGCAUUAGCAGGACUCUUAGCACAAGAUGAUGAAAAUGGCCAUGAGCAAGCUGUUUACUAUCUCAGUAGGACUUUAUUAGGUGCUGAACCUCGUUAUCCUCUUACUGAGAAAGAAUGUUUGGCACUGCCCAGUGCAUUGAACUGGCGACCCACUAGAUGGGCUUUGUUGCUUUCCCAAUGUGACAUUCACUUCAAACCUCAAAAGGCAGUAAAGGGUCAGGAUAUUUGUGACCUUAUGUCCAAUCAUCCAUUAAAAGAAAAGGUUGAAUUAUACCAGGACAUACCAGAUGAGACGUAUAAAGCAAACGUCGUCUCUAGAGAGCAGGUAUGGCAAUUAUACUUCGAUGAGUCAUGCUCUAAUAAUGUGGCUGAAUACAAUGCUUUGUUGGUUGGUCUAGAUAUAGCUAAACAGCUAGGGGUGAAAUACCUAGAAGCGUAUGGCGAUUCUCAACUCAUUGUUAAUCAAAUUAAAGGAGAAUAUGAAGUUAGAAAUGAGGACCUCAUUCCUCAUCAUACCACAGCAAUCACAUUGGCCGAUUCCUUUGAGGGUUUCUACAUCGACUACAUACCUCAUCUCAAGAAUACCUAUGCUGAUGCAUUAGCAUCACUUAUGGCUACCUUAGAUCUACCUGAAAGAACUAUCCAGCAAGUCACAGUGACAAAAGCAAUCCUGUUGAGAGAAGUCAAGACAAGUGAUGUUGUUAAAUUCUUAAAAUAUCACAUCGUAUACAGGAUCAAGAAUUUAGCUUCAACAGCUUAUAAUCCUACUGCAAACGGGCAAGCAGAAACAUUUAAUAAGACCAUCGUCAGAAUUCUCACUAAGGUGGUUUCGACGAAUAAAUAA